GCCAUUCCAUCCAAGAACCUAUUUAGAAAAAACAAUGCCUUCCCAGCUUAGAGUCUCUCUUUUGGCAUUUCUCUCAAUCAUUUCCUUAAUUGCGCAGGCUACAGCAGUGACUGUCCCUCUAUCUUCCACAUUUAAAUAUGUGAAUGAAGGAGAGUUCGGGGAUUAUAUUGUAGAGUAUGGUGCAAAUUAUCGAGUCCUAGACCCUUUCAAUUCUCCUUUCCAGCUUUGCUUUUAUAACACCACCCCUAAUGCAUUCACCCUUGCUCUGCGCAUGGGUACCGUCAGGUCUACAUCAACAAUGCGUUGGGUAUGGGAAGCCAACAGAGGAAACCCUGUUGGAGAAAAUGCCACCCUCACCUUUGGAGAGGAUGGAAACCUUGUGUUGGCGGAUGCUGAUGGCAGGAUUGCUUGGCAAACCAACACUGCUAAUAAAGGAGUGGUUCACUUCCAAGUGCAACCCAAUGGUAACAUGGUUCUUCAAGACGUAAAGGGCUACUUUAUUUGGCAAAGUUUUGACUAUCCCACUGAUACCUUGUUGGUGGGUCAGUCUCUGCGCGCUGGAGGUGCAGCUAGGCUUGUGAGUCGACGCUCUGAGAAACAAAACUCAAAUGGAGCGUAUAGCCUGGUAAUGGAGCCCAAAAGAUUGGCCAUAUAUUACAAGAGCCCAAGCUCCCCAAAACCCAAGCUCUACUACACAUCUGAUAGGUUUAGUGUUAAGAAUGGUCGUUUACAAUACGUGACAUUCCAAAGCGAACCCGUGACAGAGGAGGGAUUUUCCUAUGAUUUGGCUUUGGAGUUCUCUACUGGAGUGAAUGCCAUACUCGCUACACCCAAAUACAAUAGCACAUUGUCAUUCCUUCGACUUGGAGUAGAUGGAAAUGUGAAGGUCUACACUUACAAUGAUAAAGUGGACAUAGGGGCCUGGGAAGUCACCUUCACUCUCUUCCCUGGUGGUAAACCUUGACCAAUCAAGUUGCUUACAAAUCCUACUCAUGUGGGUUACAUAAAGGCUCCUAAUCAAUAAGGUAAGCUAGUAAAAUGGGGUCACUGUUAUUUUGUUCCUUAGAUAAAGAUUGGAAGGUUUUUUUUUUCUUAGUUGAUUGUCGACUACAAUAAUAAAUGAGAUUUUUGUAUUUCAGAAAGGGUACGCACUUUCUACAAAAAUUUGAAAGGAAGCCUAUAGUUGGCCAAGAAGAAUAAAAAGGAAUUGAAUUGUUGUUCUUGA